AGGACGAGCGUCUACGAACAGACGAUCGUCAUGACGUCAACAUUCCUCGCGAACCUUUCGAUUCGAGAUGGCCAGAAUCGACUGCACGAGGGGCCGCACGCACGCAACUUCGUAGAUGACGUCUGCGCACAAAACAAUGUCUACAACCACGGCACAUGAGCUCGGGUGGCGGGACGGCGGCAUGCUUACCGUACGGAGCGGGAACGACUGCGUCGAGAGAUGACGUUGGAGUGCCCCAUCCAUAUUCAAGAACAAACACGUGUGUUUCGAGCUGGGCGGGCGUGCAGUUGGCUCGGACGUUGGCUCGCAGCCACGGCAUGACUGGCGCGACGUCGGUGAGCACGACGCCAAAGCCAAGUUUGGCCAAGGCAAUGCCUGCAAGGCCGAGGCCCGCGCCAAGCUCGCACACGGCGACAACCUUCGAUUCGCACGUGGAGGCCGCGUGUGCCUUCUUGGCCUUGCGCGACGGUCGCGAACGCUGCAGCAUGGCCGCGAAGCGUUCGCGAUUGCACUCGAUGUACUUGAUCACGCACUUGGCGCUGUCCCACACGGUGCUACCCAAGACAUGGGACGACGGGUCCUGCACCAGCGUGAUGACUUCGCCACAGAACGUGUACGAGACUUCGCCAGCCCAGUGCGUGAAGCCCAGCGCAUUCUCUUCCAUCACCCGGCGCCCACCCGAUCGAUGGUGGUCGCCAAUCACGCAUCGUCCAAUCAGACGAGGCCAACGAUCUCGAACAACGGCAGAUGCCGCCGACGCGCCUUCAUACAUCGCGUGGCAUGCUGAACGAGCCAUGGUCCGGUCUGCGUUGGUCAGACCAGUUCGCAGGACAUGGUUUCCACAGCUUCGCGAUAUUCGUGCUGCACUGGGGUUCAACGAUGCCCGACGAAAGACCCUCCAGUGCCAUCAACGUCGACCGCCAUGCUUUCACAACUUGGCAAAGACAACUCGUCAAACAAAGGAGGCCCCACCGCGCUUCCAACACUGGAUCCAACAUUGAGUCAUGCAACUCAAUGGACCGAUUCAGCAACGUCGUCCAAGCGAACAAAUGGCAUCCCCUUGAGCGACGGGACGCUGCAUCAACUCGACCGCGCCACAAAUCUCGUUCGAUCGAUCACAAGUCCGUCGUGGCAAGCUUGAAGACAGCCGUCUUUGUGCCUUCCGCCUGCCUUGCCGUCGAGAACAUAUCGACCGGCCACACGUUUGCGCAAACACACGGCACGUUCUCGUCUUGUGCUCCCAUACGCCUUCCCUCUUGAUUGCGCAUGGAGCGGCAGUGCCAGGUAACUCUGCCACUGCCGUCUGUCGGCUAGAGUCGUCGGGUGGGUGACGCUUGCUCGCUCAUGGACAGACGAACGCACGACAAGUGGGAGCAACUCCAGCACACAUCCAAAGCAUCACUGUCAAAAUGUGGAUGCGGAUCAUUGCCUCGUGAGGCCAACAGAAGUUGCCCGACCAGCUGAAGUCGAGCAGCUUGAUACGACAAAUGGACGGUCGCCAGUGGUUUCGUUGAGGGAUGGUAGUGUCCAUGCAUUUGAGUUGUCAGGGCAUCGGGGCCUCGGUCGUCGUCGGUUUGCAAAGUCGGGGCCAAGGAUCGGGCGGCCCUCGUCUCGUGGGCCACAGCGUUGGUUGAAGUCGAUUUGAAAGGUCAUCCAUGACGCGACCAAGCAAACAUGCCGAGUCUGUCGGGGGAAGUGUGUACUCAGGUCGCGCGAUCCACACGACGAACGCAAACACUACCGUCGAGCAAAAAAAUGCGCCGAGGCACCUUUCCCUGUGCGGUUGCUCUCGCAGCCCACAGCGCCUUGCAUUGGAACGGUGGCAUUUCCACGGGUGUCGACGCUUCGACUCAGAGCAUUCGCCAGCGUCAGUUGUGUAUUGGCAUGUUCUCACAGGGUAGCAACCAACCACGUGACGUUGGGUUGUCAGGGUGUGCAUUCCCUGAGUCCAGAACCCGCCAUGACGGUCCCGCGACAUGCGAGAGCGCCAAAUGAGCCUUGGGGAGGGGGUCCCCCGUUCGACCAACGGAAUGGCACCUCCCCCCUCGACGCGGUGGGCUAUAGUCGACCUGGUGCCAUGGCAACAGGGGCAGUGCAUUUUGUGCUGAAGACUGGCAUGUCUUGGACGUUUCGAUGCCAUCCUCCGUGUCGAGUAUCCGCCCACUGCCCUUGGAACGUUCGGAUUGUCUACUCAACAACGACGGCGAGAACGGUGGCCCCAAAUUCUUGUGGCCCCGCCGGCUACAACCGCCACUCAAGAUCUUGAUGCACGAACAACAACGUUCGAGUCGCCCACGAGCCGUCCCGCCGUCCUUCGGACCGCUCGCCGCUUGGUCGAAUCGAGUCACUCGUCAAUUUUCGACGCCCACGUCGCGCCACACUUGGAGCGUUGACCGUCGUUGUCCGUCGCCUCGUCUGUUCCCGCGACCGACCACGUACCAUGAACCUUACCCUUGUCGUCAACGGGACGUUGGUGACGCUCACCGACACAGACGUGGCUGCGCUCGUGGCGGCAGCCGCACCGACCAUGGACACCGCGUCAGCGCGCGCGCUCGACACGUUUUACACGCUCAUGGGGGCGUUUCUCGUGUUUUUCAUGCAAGUCGGGUUUUGUUUUCUUGAAGUUGGCUGUGUCCACGUCAAAAAUACGAAAAACAUCUUGGUCAAGAACAUUCUGGACGGAUGCAUCAGCGCCAUGAGCUUCUACUUUGUCGGGUACGCGUUCGGGUUUGUCCAGGGCGAUGGGUUCAUGGGGAGCAGCGGGUUUGUCUUUCAAGACAACAUGUUUGCCGGCGACGACGACCGCCGGUACAACGGCAAAGCGUACGCGGGCUGGCUGUUCCAGUGGGCUUUUGCCGCGACCGCUUCGACCAUCGUGACGGGUGCUGUCGCCGAGCGCAUCUCGUUCAUCGCGUACAUUUCAUACGCCGUCGCACUGACCGCGUUCAUGUACCCUGUUGUCGUGCACUGGGUGUGGUCGUCCACGGGGUUUGCCAGUACGACCCGAGCUGCGGGCACCCUAUUGUUUGAUGUGGGAGCGGUCGACUUUGCUGGAAGCGGCGUGAUCCACAUGACGGGGGGUAUGGCUGCCCUCGUUGGGUGCUACCUGCUCGGCCCUCGACUCGGACGCUUCGAAGACGGCCAGGUGCACGACAUGCCCAAGCAGUCGGUGCUCCUCCAAACAGUCGGCACGCUUCUGCUCUGGUUUGGCUGGUACGGCUUCAACUGCAUGUCCACUGGAACUCUGACCGGGCAUGGCGCCGACGUCGCCGCCAAAGUCGCCGUCAACUUGACGCUGGCUGCCGCCGCAGCUGGUGUCGGGAGCGUUUGCUUGAAUGCCAUCACAGGGGACCGCAUUGUCGACCCAACCAUGGCCAACAACGGUGUGUUGGCUGGAGCAGUCGCAAUCACUGCCGGGUGUGCCGUGGUUGAACCCGCCGGCGCCGUCGUCAUCGGACUUGUGGCCGCGGUGCUGUACACGGCAUCGUCGCGGCUUCUUGUUCGCUGGCACAUCGACGAUGUCGUGGAUGCGGUGCCUGUACAUCUCGUGUGUGGGAUGUGGGGCGUCCUUGUUCCGGGCUUGUUGGCGUCAGCGGAUGGGAUGGAAAUGGCGUUUGGGCGGAGCGACACAUGUGGGUUGUUUUACACGUGCGCUCACAGCGGCCGCCAGCUCGCCGCCCAGGUCGUCCUCAUUUUGUCGAUCGUCGGAUGGGUUGGUGUCACUUGCUCAGUGCUCUUCCUCGGGCUCUGCCGCCUCCAGUUGCUGCGCGUCACCCGUGAGAACGAACUCGCUGGCCUUGACGUGUCAUACCAUGGUGGUCUCGCCUAUGACGCCAGCGAUUACUACAAGACGGCCGUCGCAAAGACCGAGCCCUCCAGCAACGACGAGGCGGAAUUCGUACCUGUUUCGACCCCCGUUCACGUGUAAGGGCAGUUUGUUGGCCAAACUUCCUCACGACGUCGCUUCCAUUUCUUUUUGAAAUACUUAUUCCGUUUCCUUUCUUGGUCUUUUACGCAAUUGUGACGCUGCAGGAAUCGGGGGGUAUUUCCAUUGCUUGGAUGAUGGCAU